UACAUAUUCAAGGAGAGGGCGUGCUAUCAUGCAAAAGACGACGAAAGCGAAGAAAAAGCGUUCAUUUUGCGACGACGAUGUCUCGUCCCUGCCGCAACUUGAUUGCGAAAGAAUUCAUGGCCACGACCGACUGCGUGGUCCGAACGGCGGACGGGGGCGAGUUCCCAGCGCACCGUGCGCUGCUCGCAGCGACCAGCGGUUACUUCCAGGCCGCGUUCAGCGAAGGCAUCGGUGCCUCCAGGGACGUGACGCUCGACGGUGUGUCGGCAGUCGUGUUCGAGGAACUGCUCUACUUCCUCUACACAGACAGCAUAUGCUUGGACAGCGACAACGUGCUGCAGAUUCUCGAGGCAGCCGACUGCCUGAUGAUGGAUGAGGCGCGGGACAAGUGCCUGCAAUACCUAAUCGGGGAGAUGCGCCAGGACAACUGCCUCGGCUUUGCCGCGCUGGCGAAACCCCACUACGCACCUUUCUUCAAGGAGGCGCUGUUGAAAUUCAUACGGGAGCACUUCGAUGAGGUUUGGCGCCACAGCGACGAGUUCCUGCACACCAGGCCCGAGCUCCUCUGCGAGGUGCUUUCUUCGGACGAGCUGAACGUGCGGAAGGAGGUGGACCUGCUACGCGCGCUGGACCGGUGGAUUUCGUCAGCCACGGACGAAGACCUGACCGCGCUCCCAGCGCUUCUUCAGUGCGUCCGCGUCGGUCUCUGCAGUCAGUCGGAACUGGACGAAAUCCGGCAGCGAUGUCCAGACUUUGUCCGUACCAAGGAAUACCAGGAGGCCAUUGAGGAAGCCCUGCAGCGGGCUCUCUGUCGCUGCCAGCCCAGUCCGCUGGUGCUGUGGGCCACCCUAGCACCAGGUUCCUUGUUCUGCGGCCGAUGCGGUGGCUCACCCCCCUACCGUUGGCGGCCACGGCUCCCGUACGAGGUGCUGGCUGUGGUGGGAGGCUGCUCCGACGACGGACAGAUCGAGGUGUACGACCCCAAAGCCGACCGGUGGAUAGUGCACACUAACAACGAUGCCGUCACACCCAGGGUGUACCACGGCGUGGCACUGCUCGGUACGCGCAUCUACGUGGUGGGCGGCUGCACGACGGGUGACACCUACCUGCGCACCGUGGACGGCUUCGACACUGUGACUGGCGAUUGGGAGCACUGCGACUCAAUGCAUGUGGCGCACGCCUUCGUCCCUGUCGCUGUGCUUGACGGCCACCUGUACGCCAUCGGUGGACACACCGGCUACGUGCGCACAGCCAGCGUGGAACGCUACAUACCGCAUCGAAACCACAGGACGAUGGUGGCAUCGCUGAGGAGAAGGCGAAGUGCUGCGGCGGCUUGUGCUUACAGGGGAAAGCUCUACGUUAGUGGCGGAAGCUCUGGCGGGGACGUGCUCUCGAGCGUGGAGGAGUACACCGUUGAACUAGACUCGUGGGUCCUCGUGAUGUCCAUGCCUAGUCCACGAUCGAACCAUCGUAUGGUGGUGCAUGACGACAGCAUCUACGUCAUCGGAGGGUACAACGGGCGCCGCCGCCUCGAUUUAGUGCUGAAAAACGUGGGGAAUGUGGUGCGCGAGUGGGAGGAUGUGGCUCCGUUGAGCGUCAGCCGCAGCAGCUUCACUGUUGUCGACUUCAGAGGAGAGAUAUACGUCAUCGGCGGCGUCACCGACGGUGGUUUGACGGCUGUGGUGGAGCACUACUCGUCCGUGUCCAACACGUGGCGCUCCCUGGCGGCUCCACUCGGCCAGCCGCUCGGCGCUAUGGACGCCUGCGCGGUGGUGGGACUGGCCGCCGCACGGAGGCUGUCUGGCCGCUAACAAACGCUCUGGCUAUCAAGACGUGAGGUGGCGUCAAGAUAACCGAGCUUCGCCUACAGCUGGCUUCGGUGGUGCCUCUCUAAGUUGAAGAACAUAACAAACCUGUAAUACAGGGACUUAAACAUCGAUGUACAAUGGAUAGAAAGAGCGGAUAGAAAAAUAGUCACUAUUCUGCUGACUUCUUGCUCAAGCAUAUUUUUCGAUUAGUUGGAAGCUCCUUUCUAGUUUGUGUGGAUGAGCUCACAUGCUUCUAUAACGUUCUUCAUAAUGAACUUCACCCAACAAAAGCCAAUCCGUAAU